UUCUUUUACAGUGUACUUUCUUCUCGUUGCUACAAACCGAGGAUAAAAGAAACACCGUUUAGCUGAAUCGAUUACAUAAAUUAAGAAAGACAAUGAACAAAUCACAACAAUGUUCAACAUUCCCCCAAUGUCCGUUUAAUAAUCGAUGACAAUGGCUUCAAAUCACCAUAAUGUUCUGGAAGAAUCCAGACCACCGGAACCAUCAACAUCAACACCACCUCCAGAAUCCAUAAAUACACAAUGCGAGGAAGUUCCUAUUUUAGAAAAUUUAAAAUCAAUGGCAACAACACAAAGUUGUCGACAAUCGUUAAACGAACCAAAAAUCGAAACAAAACGACCCAAUUCGUUACAAGAAACGAUACGCCCUGAAGAUAGAUCAAAUCGUGUUACAUCAUGGCGUCGUUCAUAUCACAAAGAUGUGGAAGAGGCCCUUUCUUCCUUGUUAUGGGAGCCUUAUGAUUGCCGCGAUGAUCCACCUUCAAGCACACAACGAACGCCACCAAUCGUAAUUGAUGAUUAUUGGAAUAUUAUUCCAAAUGCCUCUAGUGACGUUUCUUCGUUGUCUUCAUCAUCUUCAGUGUCUUCAAGCGGCGGUGGUAAUUCUUCAUUAUAUGAUAUUUGUGUGUUACCCGACAAUUCAAGGUCAAUACAAACAAUAGCUCAAUCAUUCACUGAUGAAUUUUCAACAUACAACCAUCGUGGUUAUCGUGGAUAUUCCGAUCCAACUUUAGAAUAUCCAUAUCAAUUACCAACAUCAUUUACAGAUGAUUUCAAUGACAUACUAUUUCUUAAAAAUAAUAAUGAAGACCCAAAUCUUUGUUAUAAUAAUGGCAGUACGAUGGUCAAUCACACUAAUACUACUCUUGUUGUUACUAAGCCUGUUAUUGAAGUAGGGGCAAGCGCACACCAAUCACUACACUUAAUUCAAUCACGUGGUACACAGCAGUCUGUUGUUGAAGAGAAAUGCAUGCACAAUAGUGUUGAUAUUUCUAGUGCAUGUACUAGUUUCAAAGUAGAGUGUAUUGAGGAGGGUAGUGCUACUCGUACGAGUGACACCGUAUCAUUGCAGUGUUCUUCUUGCUAUGAAAAUAAUCAAAUAAAUAAUAAUAAUCGCCAUUAUCGUAGUUCAAGUUGUAGUGAAAUACGGACAUUAAGUAAUGUCUACGGUAGUGAUAACAUUAACAAAAUGCGAUUAAGUGUACCUCCAUGUUCAUCAUCUUCGUCAAUAGUGCCCUUAACGGAAUCAACAACAACAACAACAUCUUCAGUGACCACAGUGGUAUUAACAACACCCGUAACAAGUGAACAAAAAAAUGUCUUAUUGGGAAGUGGAGGACGUUCAAGUUUGGGUUUACUACGUACUAAUCAAAUUCCUGUAGUUCAUGGUCGAAGUAAUUCCGCUAUUCUGUACCAAGGAGACAUUCCCGGGCAACAUGUACGUAAUACUUCAGGAGUAUCGUUAAACAGUUCUUCAGGAUCACGUAUUAAUUCUUUAGCAAGACCUAGUGCAAGUAAUCAUCGUGUUCAAGUGACUACAAAUGGUGCUAAUUUAGUGACAACCCGUAGUAGUAAUAAUAAUCUUGUACAAGUGAAUAAUGGAAUUCCAUAUACUCAAAAUAUAAUCCAUACAAGAGUUCCAUCAUUACCAUCAACUGUUCCAAAAAGUGCUAACAAUAAUAAUGUAAAUAAUAAUACAGUGAAUGUUGUGAAUUGUUAUCGUGCAGUUCCAGUGCAAGUGGUGUCAAAUGUUGUGCCAACAAUACAGUGCCUUAAUAGUGCCGAAUCAUCAAAUAAUCGCAUUAGUAAUAGUAAUAAUAUUAGUAAUAAUAAUGUAUCGAAUGUGCAAAUUGUGCAAACGGUUCAAGCAGUUGCAACACCGGUGUCAUCGACGUCAGUUUCGACAACAAAUAACAAUAAUGAAAGAUCUGGAGCACCUGGAGGAGGAGGAAUUGUAUUGCCACAAAAUAAGACAAGGACAUUUACAUCCACUGAAGCUCAAACAGAUGAUACAAGUGUUGGUACAAUGUUAGUGGAAACCACUUCAAACUCGCAACCAACACCUUCUGUAAUGCCCGUAAAUAAUAUAAAUCGGGAACAAAGACGGCGAGAACGACGUGAAAGACGUCAUCAACAUCGAAUUCACAAUUCAAAUCAUCAACAUUUAAACAAUAACGUUCAAAAUCAAUGGACGUCCACUCCAAAUACACCUGGGGGUGGUGAUUUAAUUCAACAACAGCAAUCAACAAAUGAUCAACAACAACGAUUACCGGAUAUUUUAAAUAGCCAUUUACCGCCGCCAUAUUCAACAUUACCAUUAGGUGUUAGUGUGCAACCACCACCUCCUGUACCUACACAAAAUCCUCCAGCGGUUCCAAUGCCGGUUGUUGCACCACCAAUGUUACAAGGUUCACUUGCACCUGUACCAUUUAAUCCAGCCGCUGCUGGACCGUUUACACAAAUGCCAUUGGUACAAGGUGCACCCACUGCUGUUACUGUGCCAAUGGUUCCUGUACCAUCACCAUCUGGUGGUCUACGAUUUUUGCAGUUUCAAAAUCCUGUUGGCAUGAGAAGAUCACGGCGUAGUGGACAAACGUAUACGAGUGAAGAUCAACCGAAAUCCUGCUGUGGAGUGUUAUUAACACAAACCGUAUCAAUACGAUGGUUUAUUGUGAUGAUUGCUUUUGUGGGUGUUUGCUGUGCAAUUGUUGGCACUAUCUUAGGUGCAAUGAAAGCUUCUGGACGUGAACAUCUCACAGUUUCAUUACUCAUGAUCGGAGUUGGAAUAAUUUUAAUAACAGUAAGUGGAAUUGCUUGGCGUUUAACAUCACACGAUGCACCCACAUGUCGUGCAAUGUUAGGUUUAGGUGGAUCAGACGAUGGUACAGCUGGUGAUAGUUGUACUAGACGAUUUGUUCCACGAUUACCGCCAUCAUACGGUCGACCACAUCAUCCAUACGCGGCAAUGAUGUAUCCAGAAUUUCAAUAUCGACCACCGCCGCCGAGUUACCAAGCAUCGAUGCAAGAAUAUAGACUUAGAUUACUGUUACUGGAUCGUCAUGCACCCGUGCUGUCUCCGAAUGGAGUUCAGCAUACAGUUACACCUCCGCCUACGUAUCGAUCGCAUUCUGGUAGUCUUUUAAGAGCACCAAUAACAAAUCGUCGUGACCAAUCACAGUCCGAAUACAGUUGUCCACCAAGUUACCGAUCACGUAGCAGUUCAAGUCGCCCAGUAUUAGAUCCAAAUGGUACAAAUGGUAGUAUUGCCGCUGAUCACAGUCGCGAACAUUCACUAUCAUUAUCAGAAUCAAAUGGUUCUGUUGUAAAUGUAGUUAGUAUAUUAACAAAUCAAGUGGGAGAAGAACGGAGUAUAGAAAAUAUAUCAAUUGAUAAUGUAAAAUUAGUACCAGAAACAGAGAUAGCACCAUUACGUAUGUUAUUAAAAAGUGAUAAUUUAGAUACAACAAAAGACGGUAAUUUAGUUACAAUUGUACAAACAAGUAGCGAUCAGAGUCCUGUUAUAGUUACCGUUUCUGGUUCACAAAUGGCAACAAAUUUAAAUGGUAAUCAUAGUAAUGAAAUUAAUACUGAAAUGGAGAUAUUAGCACAUUUAUAGCUUUUUUAAAUUGUUUUAU